AUGGGCAAGGCUACAUGUUCGUUUGAUAAUUGCCAUAGUGCAGUUAUUACUAUUAAUGAGAACAAUAUAAUAAACUUGCCGGAGCAGGUGCAUAAUCAGUUUAAGCUACUGGAAAAUAGAACUAUGCAGGAUGCACCCCUGAGCGAGAACAACUUUCUGGUUGUUCCUGAUGUCUGGGACUUUGACAAUGUUGGUGUAUCGAGGGAAAUCCCUUCUUCUCUUUUAGCAGAUUCGGGCAAUAUGGGUGAGUUUAUUUUCGACUAUGGUAAUUCCAGCUGGAAAAUCAAAAAGUGUUUAAAGUAUUUGAUAUGUGCUGAUUGUGAUAAGGGACCAAUUGGUAUAAUAUGUCAGGUGCAAGACCAGGAGAAUGACCAAGAAAGAGUUUUGCAUUUACUAAGCUUGCGCAGUCUUGAGGUUGUGUAA